AGCCAUAAGAGUGAGAGCAGCUGGGCAGGGCUGUCUGUACCCGGCCUGUCGACGUGGUUAUUGCACAGGACAGCCUACAUGACUUCCACUUGAACUGCUGAAGCUUGAACGCCUUUGUGAGCUUUGGUUUGGACAGAUUUGAAGGAUGAUGGCUCUUCCCCUGGAGAUAUGUGUUUUUAUCUUGUCUCUGACAGCACCGUUUGUGCUUUAUGCAGCGAAUAAUGCCUCUUCAUUGCUCACGCCUCUGGAUAUACUGGCACUAGAAGUGACUGUUCUUAUAACUGUGUUCAUCAUGGCCUACCUGUUUGUUCGGAAUGAAAAGACAGUGGAUCCUCUGUAUUAUGUAUUUGCAGUCUUUUCCUUCACCUCCGUCUCUGACCUCACCACUGCCCUCGAGCAGGAUGGACAUAUCAGAGGCUUCGUCGCUUUCUACAUAAAUGAGGGUGAGCCGUACUUGAACGCAGCAUAUUGCAUCAUGAUGAACUACUGGAAAGGAGUGGUGCACUUUGUCCUUCUCCUCACAAUUAUCCACUGCAUACGCAAAGGGAAACAGUAUCGGAGUAUAGGGCUGCUAUGGGCUGGCUCCAUGAUUGCCACUCAGGUCGUCUUCAUCCCAGGCAUUGUCAUAGGAAAACACGCUAAGUCAAUCUAUCCAGCCUUCUGGCGUAACAUCCUUUUCUUUAUUCUGCCCAUAUGGGCGGCUGUGAACCUGUUCAGCAGGCAGAGGGAGCUGCCAGUCAUUCCAGCAGACAAGGUUGAGGAGGAGCAGAAGAAAGGUUUGCUGUCUCGACCCAAAGAACUUCUCCUCUCUCUCAGUCUGCUCGGGGCCAUGGCCUUCGCUGUGUUCAGGGGAUUUGUUGUUCUUGAGUGUGCACUGGAUAUCUGCUUCACCUACAUUUACCAGUACGAGCCCUACCUGAAGGAUAAUGUAGCCUUCUCCAAAGUUACGAUGCUGGUCAUCCUCUUCUAUGCGCUACCCAUGCUGAUGGCAUGCGCAUAUGGCUUGAAUACUCCAGGAUGCACUUGGAUGCUUGAGUGGACAUUGAUCCUUGCAGGGGCCAUAGCUCAGACUCAGUGGGCCCACAUCGGAGCAUCAGUGCACUCCCGGACACCCUUCACCUACCGCAUCCCUAAAGACGAGUGGAGAGUGGUGAUGACGCUCAAUGUGUUGUUCAUGGCUGUUCCUUUACUGUUGGCUUUGCAUGUCUACAGAUACCCAGCCUUCUUCAUGAAGACUGUGCCUCCAGGACAAGCUGACAAUGACAAGAAACGAAAGUAGUUAUAAAAAUGGCCGACAUACAGAGGCAUUGUCUCAAGAAGCUCUGAUCCCAAGACCUUGGUGGCAACAUAAGGACACACUUGGGAGGUGGUGGACCCGGCCUUCAGAUCAUUCCUUCUGUAGAAUAGUUAGUGUUAAAGCCACACCCUCACUGUUUUUCCCCGCCACACACAAAGCCGGUGGAGCUUUGCCUCAUGUCCCAAGUGAGCCUCGUCUCUGGCUGCUGUUCAGACUUUUGGACUUUUGGAUCGACUUCAGUCUUUUGGAGCUCAGCUUAUCUCUUUCUCUCUCUCCAUUGAGAAUGAGUCAUUUGAUGAAAUCCAGACUCGGACAGACUCUAGACUUUGACACACACACACACACACAGAUUUCUGCCCACACAAGAUCAAUUGUAGAAUGACUUCAUACACUAUGUUAGUCUUUGAGGACAGUUUACUAAAGGACACUGGGUGCUGAUUAGCAGUGUGUGCUGAAAAGAUGUCGUCAGGCAUCAUAAUCAACCGCAUGCUUUUUUUUGCCUAAUAAGUAGGGCUGGGUGAUAUGAUGAAAAUAUUGAAUCAUGAUAUUUAAAGACAUUUUUCACGAUACACAAUAUAACGAUAAUAAAGUACUACAGUUUACUACAGUAAUUUAAAUAAACUUUUAUGACAGCAAAUUCAUCACAAAACAAUACAAUACAAUAUUGUCAUAGUGCCCAGCUCUACUAACAAUUCAUUUUUUAUUUUCAUACUGUUUUCAGAGAACUGUUUUUUUUCUUUUUAAAUUAUAUUUGUAUUGUUGUUAGUUUUUUUUUUUUUUUAGAUUUACAGUACUGUGUGACAUACUGUAUGCCUUAUGUCUUUAUCACCUGUCAAAAUUAUAUGUAUAGGUUCUAUUUAUCUGGGCUGUACAUGUUUAUUGUUGAAACUGUGGAAUAAAUCCAAACGAAUAACUAAACAAAACAUUGGAAUUGCUCUGUGUGUUUCUCUCCCCACUGAAGCCCAGUGUUUACAGUUAAUAUCAAGUACCUUGUUUUUUUUGCCUCAUUUGUCACUAAUUAAAUUGGCUUGGAAAAGUCAACUUACUGUUA